AUGUGUGUGACAGGUUUCAAUUGUUCAGGGAGUGAAGCUCAUCUGGGGAACUGCAGCAGUGCACAAGCAGUCAACUGCAGCUCCAGAGAACAGCUCUCAAUCACCUGCUCUGGUAAGUUUAAUCCAGCUCACAGCUCCAUCAGGCUGGUUGGUUCUGGGGGAGGCUGCGCAGGAAGGCUGGAGGUUUUCCACAGCAGCUCAUGGGGGACAGUGUGUGAUGACUUUUGGGAUAUUAAGGAUGCACAGGUGGUGUGCAGACAGCUGCAGUGUGGAGUGGCCCUCAGUGCUCCAGUACCAGCGCAAUUUGGACCUGGAAAUGGACCCAUAUGGCUGAAUGAGGUGGAAUGUGAGGGGAAUGAGGCAUCCUUGUGGAGCUGCAAAUUUCAGCUAUGUGAAGAGGACGAAUGUGGACACAAAGAAGACGUAGGGGUUGUGUGUUCAGACUUUAAAGAGAUCAGACUCACUGAGGGCUGUGAGGGGAAUCUGGAAGUGUUCUACAAUGGAACCUGGGGUAAUGUGUGUGUAAAUGGGAUGGAUGAAGAAACAGCAAGUUUGAUCUGUCAGGAGCUGAACUGUGGAAGAUCUGGCAGUGAGUUCUGGGCCAAAGCAAGAGUGGAAUCAGCUCCUAACUGGCUGGAUGAUCUGAAAUGUAGGAGACAUGACUCCACUCUGUGGCAUUGUCCAUCUUCCCCCUGGAAACAGAACUACUGUGAUAAAAACAAUGAGGUGGCUCACAUUACCUGCUCAAGUAGGCAACUUUUAAUGUUCUUAUGAAUUUUCCCUGUGUGUGCUAAACAUAAAUCACAUCAGGAAUAAAUCUGGCUUCAUUAGAUAAGUUAAAGCACCAGCUGAACAGAAUUAAAAUAUAUAAGCAAACAGCUUUAUAUAUUUAGUGGCUAAUGAAAGACCUUACCAUAUUCGUAGAAGAUGAAAAUGAUCGUCUGUUACGAAGCCAUCUGAAAAGCUCCUCAUCUCUUCAUCACAGAAAGUGCUCAAGUAAGUACACUUGCAAACAAACAUGAUCAAUAUUUCAAUAAGUAAAAUAUUAAAGUGUCACAUAUGUUAGACACGUUAUUCCUUCACACAAAUAUUAAUGGCCUUUGAAUCAGUAUAUUGUACUGAGUGAAUUGAGAGAGUGAAAAUUUACACUUUAUAGCUGUAUUGUUACUCUGUGUGCUUAUGCUGGUUUAUCAUUGUCAUCUUCUCUUGUGUUAUAUGUGCGAUGUAGACCACCUCCCUCUCAGGCUGAGGGGAGGAAAGGGA